ACAAACACAAGUGGUAUUGCAUUGCAUCUUCUUGUGAGCAGCUGAUUCUCUUGUCUGCUACACGGGACUAGCCGAUUCCUGUUCAUCUAUCUUGGCUUCAAAGUAACAUUCCCCUUAACUUCUUUCUUCUCAUAGUGAUCACUGCUCAGUCAGGAAGUAGACGGCAAUGACAAGAUGCACGGCGUGCACCCGUUUCGCGAGGUUCAUGGAGACGGACGAACCUGCGCCGCUGCCGCAACGUUCCGCGCUCGUGCACCCGGACGCCGUCGCCGUUCACAUCGCGUCGAGCCUCUCCGCCGAGGAGCCGGUGUUCAGAGAGCGACACGGUGACAUGAUCGCCGCCGCCAUGGCCGCAGCGGCGUCCCCGGGGUACUCGCCGUCGCUCCCGGGCGCGCGGCAGGUGUCGAUCAGCCUGCCGGCGUCGCCGACCGGGUUCGGCGCCUCCAGGACGGAGGCCAUGACGGACGCGCCGCGGCGGAUGAUGGUGCCGCCGCGCGCCCCGGUGGCCACCGUGACGCUGGCGCAGCCUGACAAGGUGGUGUUCCGGUCCCAGCCGAUCCCCGCGGCGCCUCCGGGGGCGGCGAAGGGCGCCGCCCAGCAGGGGCACGGCGACCCGAGCCGGAGCGCACCGCACGCGGCGAGGCCCAAGGCGCGCAGGGACAAGAGCUACGACUCGUUCAAGACGUGGUCCGGCAAGCUGGAGAAGCAGAUCGCCACGCACCUCCUGGGCGGGCGGCCGGCGCCGGCGCAGCCGCAUCAGGAGGAGGAGGAGCCUCCCGAGGACGAAGACGACGCGGCGAGCAACCGCCGGCGGCUGUCUUCCUCCAUGCCCGAAGUGCAGCGCUUCUUCGCGGCGCUGGAAGGCCCCGAGCUCGACAAGCUGCGGGUACUACUGCUGCUGAUCACAUCCGUAGCUGCUUCCUCGGAGGAGCUGAUCCUGCCGUCCGACAAGACGUGGCCGUUCCUGCUCCGGUUCCCGGUUUCGGCGUUCGGCAUGUGCAUGGGCAUGAGCAGCCAGGCCAUCCUGUGGAAGCGGAUCGCCAUCUCGGCGUCGACGCGGUUCCUGCACAUCACCGUCAAGAUCAACCUGGUGCUGUGGUGCGUCUCGGUGGCGCUCAUGCUCGCCGUGUCGGCGCUCUACGCGUGCAAGGUGGUGUUCUACUUCGAGGCGGUGCGGCGCGAGUACUACCACCCGAUCCGCGUCAACUUCUUCUUCGCGCCGUGGAUCGCGUGCCUGUUCCUGGCCAUCGGCGUGCCGGACGCGGUGGCGGCCAGCCUCCCGCACUGGCUCUGGUACCUGCUCAUGGCGCCCAUCGUGUGCCUGGAGCUCAAGAUCUACGGCCAGUGGAUCUCCGGCGGGCAGCGGCGGCUCUCGCGCGUCGCCAACCCCUCCAACCACCUCUCCAUCGUCGGCAACUUCGUCGGCGCGCUGCUCGGCGGCAUCAUGGGCCUCAAGGAGGGCCCCAUGUUCUUCUUCUCCGUCGGCCUGGCGCACUACAUGGUGCUCUUCGUGACGCUCUACCAGCGGCUGCCCACGAGCGAGACGCUGCCCCGGGAUCUCCACCCGGUCUUCUUCCUCUUCGUCGCGGCGCCCAGCGUGGCGUGCCUGGCCUGGGCCAGGAUCACCGGCGAGUUCGGCUACGGCUCCCGGGUCGCCUACUUCAUCGCCAUGUUCCUCUACGCGUCGCUCGCCGUGCGGGUGAACCUGUUCCGGGGCUUCAGCUUCUCGCUGGCGUGGUGGGCGUACACGUUCCCCAUGACGAGCGCGGCGAUCGCGUCCAUCCGGUACGCGUCGGAGGUGAAGAACGCCUUCACGCAGUGCCUGUGCAUCGCCCUGACGGCGGCCGCCACGCUGACCGUGUCGGCGCUCUUCCUGACGACGCUGCUGCACGCGGUGGUGCACCGCGACCUCUUCCCCAACGACAUCUCCAUCGCCAUCACGGAGCGCCGGCGCAAGCCCAUCUUCACAGAGGAGAUGAGAGCGAGCAAGCGCCGCGGCGGCGGGGCUAGUACCAAGACCAAGCAGCAGGCGGCGCUCGACACCGCCGCCUCGGACCUGGAGGCCGCGCGCGCCGCCACGACGUCCUACACGUAGACUGCCGGGCUGAACCCGCCGCCGGGCAACCGCAAGCAUGACAGUGAUAUCAAUUGAUACGGUGGAUCGAUUGACAGUGUCGUUGUUGGCUGCCGUGUGGGCCGGGGUAGUGCGCUCGGCAGAGCCACUAGUGUAAGAUGCGUGUCUGGAUGAUGAGGGACGAACUCACUCUUUGCAUGCACACCAUGUAUUACUGAGGAAGAUCUAUCGUAUAUACUAGCGCUUUAAUCUCCGCAUGAGUGUCCCACGUGUCAGAAAGGAAGCCUGGUGGGCCCCAGUGGCGGAUCUAAGGGGCGCGGGGCUAGGGCGGCUUGAGCCUCCUAGUUCCUGGGCAUAAGCGGUAAGCAUCGGAGUGCUGUAUGCAACCUGCAACAUUGUGAUUGAGGAGGGAUCAACCUGCAACCAAAUGAAGCAAUAAAGUGGCGAUCAAGGGGCUGUUCGGCUGA